CGUGUGUCAGUGCGCGUGUUCAUCUGUUGAAGGUCUGUCACAGAACACCUAGGCUCUGUGGUGCGAAUAUUUUCGUCAACCCGCUACUCCGCCUUAGCUGUGCUGUCAAGUGCUCCGAACUUGAGGCGUCCAGCAAGGAAGCUGCCGCAUGCCUUGUCUCUUGAAUUACCGCCGCUGACAGUGCACGCUUCCCGAGGAGGGCCUUUCCUCAUUGGGCAAGAUGGCUCUAACACUGGAUCCACUAACACAGAUUAACACGUACCGGUCCUUUGUCUCGAUGCUUGAGGACCCGGCCGCAAAGGAUGAAAGCAAGCUCAAGGCUGUUCAAGAACUGAGCGAAGAGUUGGAGUCCAUUGUCACAUCGGUGCACUACCCAACGUUCCUGGACCAUGCCAUGCGGGUGUUCUUGCGCAUUCUCCAGGAGGGCAAGCCGCAGUUCAUUGCUGAACACAACAUGCAGCAACUGCGGAAGCUGAUUCUGGAGAUCAUACAUCGCAUUCCAACUAAUGACCAUUUGCGUCCCUAUGUCAAGCAAAUCCUCAACCUCAUGUUUGAGCUGCUCAAGGUGGAGAAUGAGGAGAACGUCUUGGUGUGCCUACGAAUCAUCAUCGAGCUGCACAAGCAGUUUCGGCCACAGUUCAAUCCAGAGAUCCAGCAGUUUCUCGAGUUUGUCAAGACCAUCUAUCGAGAGCUGCCAAAUCACCUGAAUGCGAUUUUCGAGCUACGGCCACCGCUGAAGUUCAAAGACCUGAGCGAGCUGAACCUGGAUGCCGUUCUGCAAGAGACAUUCACCCUCACCAAUGUGCAGCUGGAGAAGAAAGGGCCCGAUGGAAGCUGUGCCUCGAUGCAGUGGAGUUUGCGGGGGACCAGCUACCAAAUGUACAACGUGAUCCCGCGGGCAGUGCUGUCGCUGAAGGUGCUGGCCGAACUUCCCAUCAUUGUGGUGCUCAUGUACCAGCUCUACAAGCAGAGCGUGCAUGACGAUGUAGCCGAGUUCAUACCCCUCAUUCUCAACACAAUCACCCUCCAGCCGCUGCCCCAGCACAGGAUGAAUCCAGCAUUCAACCGUGAGGUGUUUGUGGACUUCAUGGCUGCCCAGAUCAAGACGCUCUCAUUCCUGGCGUACAUUGUAAAGAUCUACCAGGAGACUGUGGGUGUGCAUUGUAGCCAGCUGGCACAGGGCAUGCUGGGUCUGCUCAUGCUGUGUCCUCAGGAGGUGGCCCACCUGCGCAAGGAACUGCUGAUUGCUGCCCGCCACAUCCUGGCCACUGACCUGCGUAACAAGUUCGUUGGCUGCAUGGAGCAGCUCUUUGACGAGAACAUCCUUAUUGGAUCAGGGUGGACAGCAUAUGAGUCACUGAGGCCGCUGGCAUACAGCACCCUAGCUGAUCUGGUGCACCACGUCAGGCAGCAUCUGCCGCUGAACAAUCUGUCAUCUGCAGUGGCUGUGUUCUCGAGAAAUGUCCACGACGAGUCCCUGCCGGCCUCCAUCCAGACCAUGUCAUGCAAGCUGCUGCUGAACCUGGUCGAAUGCAUCCGCACCCGAUCGGAUCAAGAGAAUGGCAACGGGCGUGAGCUUCUUAUUCGAAUGCUGGAGGUGUUUGUGCUCAAGUUCAAGACCAUAACCAAGUGUCAGCUGCCUGUGCUCAUGCAGAAGAGCCGACAGCAGGGCCCUCCAUCCGAAGCCAACCGGCCUGACGACAGCGCCCGUGCCAGCCUGCAGUUCUCUGCCUCCCUGGCCGAUCUCAAGGAGGAGAAGAACAACUGCUACACAGUGGCUGACUGUCGGAGCCUGGUGAAGACGUUGGUGUGUGGCGUCAAGACCAUCACCUGGGGCAUCGGCACGUGUAAGAUGCCCGGUGGGCCACUGGAGGAGAAGCAGUUCCAACCCAAGGAGACGCUGGUGUUCAUCCGGCUGGUCAAGUAUGCUUUGCAGGCUCUAGACGUGUACACGCUUCCACCCGGCACGGGUGCCAUUGUGGCUGGAGCCACGGGCAGUGCCGCCGCAGUUGCCUCCUCGGCACACGCCCGCACGGCCGCUUUUCAGUCCGCCGUGCGCUCCAAGGAAGAGAAGGAGGUCCUUGACCACUUUGGAGGCGUGUUCACCAUGAUGAGCCCAUCUACGUUCAGGGAGGUCUUCUCUACCACCAUUGAGUACGUGGUCGAGCGACUCAACAAGAACUCAGCCCUUCAGAUUGUUGCCAACUUCUUCUUGGCGAAUCGUGCCACUUCUCCCAUCUUUGCCACCAUCCUGGUGGAGUACCUGCUGGAACGAAUGGAAGAGAUGGGAGCCAACCCUGACAAGUCCAACCUGUAUCUGAAGCUGUUCAAGCUGGUCUUUGGCUCAGUGUCCCUCUUUGCGGCUGAGAAUGAGCUCAUGCUCAAGCCACACCUUCACCGAAUCGUGAACCGGUCCAUGGAGCUUGCGCUGAGCGCACGGGAGCCGUACAACUAUUUCCUUCUGCUGCGGGCACUGUUCCGCUCUAUUGGGGGUGGCAGUCACGAUCUGCUGUACCAGGAGUUUCUGCCCCUGCUGCCUUCACUGCUGCAAGGUCUCAACGGCCUGCAGAGUGGCUUGCACAAGCAGCACAUGAAAGACCUGUUUGUGGAGCUGUGCCUGACUGUGCCUGUGCGGCUGAGCUCUCUGCUGCCUUAUCUGCCCAUGCUGAUGGAUCCACUGGUGUCUGCGCUCAAUGGCUCGCAGACACUCAUUAGCCAGGGCCUGCGCACGUUGGAGCUGUGUGUGGACAACCUACAGCCGGACUUUCUCUAUGACCACAUCCAGCCUGUGCGGGCUGAGCUGAUGCAGGCCCUGUGGCGCACGCUGCGCAACCCAACCGACAGCAUUGCCCAGGUGGCCUUCCGUGUGCUGGGCAAAUUUGGAGGUGGCAACCGCAAGAUGCUCAUGGAGCCCCAGCGCCUUGAUUAUUGUGACCACGACACCCCUGGCCCCUGCAUCACGGUCCACUUUCAGGACCACAGGACACCCAUUGCGCUGCCAGUCGACAAGUUGAUUGAGACAGCCUUUAAUGCCCUCAAGCAAAGCGGCACUGACUCAUUUUACCGGCGUCAGUGUUGGGAGAUCAUUCGCGGCUUCCUGGUGGCCAACCUGCAGCUGGACGAUGAUCGGCAGACCAUGCUUCAACUGUUCUCUCAUCCAAGCUUCGGGACAGGGGACAUCUCGGCACCCCAAACUGUUCCAUACAAGUGCCAAGAUGUGGAGACACGCAAGGUCCACCAGAUGGCUCUGACAGGCAUGUUCGCGGCAGCGGCUAUCAAGGAGCUUCACAGCCAAGUCCUGCCGUUCCUGGUGUCUCUGGUGCACCACUAUACCCUGGUGGCAGUGGCACAGCAGGCCGGCCCACUACGCCUGACUCGGCCACCCACGCAGGGCAUGGACCCAUCUGUGCUCGUCGACGCCCUGGCUGCAAUCAUGGCUCACGAGGAGAAGGAACUCUGCAAGGUGGGUCAACUUGCCAUGCUGCUCAUCACAGAGAACUCUGCGACGGUGCUGACAUCGCGAGAGCGGGCAUGCCAACUCCCGCAUGUGGAAUACCUGGCCGAGAGGCUCUGUGCCCUGUGCUACGACAGGGCAUGGUACGCCAAGUCGGGCGGCUGCUUUGCUAUCAAGUGCCUGGUGGAGCGGCUGCCCCUGCGUUGGGUGCUGGGACACCAGUACCUGUUCCUCAAGGCCUUGUUCUUCAUUAUGAUGGACCUUACAGGCGAGGUCUCCAAUGGAGCCGUUGACAUGGCUAAAUCGAACCUGGAGAAGAUGCUGACGGUGUGUGGUGCGCCACUGCCCGUGGAUGCCCCGGACGACCUGCGUGAGGUUCAGCGCAAGUCGCUGCACGAGGUGACGCUCGAGCUUGUCCGGCAGGUUACUUCCCCGAACACCUGUGUGCGGCAGCAGGCGAUCCACUCGCUGGAGGUGCUGGCACAGGUGAUGAGCUGCUCGGUGGGUGCCCUCAUGGAGCCGCACCGCGAGGUGCUCGCAGACAUGGUGCCGCCCAAGAAGCACCUGCUUCGCCACCAGCCCCUGAAUGCACAGAUUGGACUGAUGGAAGGGAACACGUACUGCACCAGCCUGCAGCCGCGGCUGUUUGCCCUAGAUGUAAGCGUCGCCGAGCACAAGACGUUCUUCACAGAGCUAGUGAGCUUGUGCGAAGCCGACGACGAGGCCCUGCGCAAGCUGCCCUGCUACAAGGGAUGCGGCCCUGUGGCGCUGGUGUCAUUGCGGCGAGCGGCCUUGCGAGCACUCGCCACGUGCCACUACCUGCCCUGCCGCGAGCGAGUCUUCCACGUCCUUUACCGAGCACUCAAUGCCCGUGACCCCGAACUUCAAGAGGCAGCCUUUCAAUGCAUGUCCGACUUUGUGGCUGCCUGCAACAUUGACAUGGAAAUGGUGCACAAGGCCAUCCGGUCACUGCUCAUGUUGCUGGGAGACUUCAGGCAGCUGUCGCUGAGCGUGAUCCAGCGGCUGAGCUACCUCACCCAGCUGUUCCCACAUACUUUCAAUGAGAAGCUCUGUGAUCAGCUACUGCAGCAUCUGGGCUGCUGGCUAGAGGUGGCCGUGCGCACCCCCCACCGCGGUCCCAAUGCCACCGAAGUUCGCCAGUGUGCUGCCAUCAUUGCCAUCUUUCAUCAAAUUCCUGCAGCAGGUCCAGCAUUUGUGAAGCCGCUCGUCACGCUUGUACUGCGUCAUGAGCAGCAACUCAUGGUGGAGGCUAGCAGUCCGUUCCAGGCACCACUGCGAAAAUUCUUAGAGAGGCACCCGGCGACUGCUUUGGAGCUUUUGCUUGCAGAGCCACAGGUGCAGGACGAGCAGCUGAACCGCUUUCUCGAACACCUGCUGCGAGAUGGCGCUACAUUCCGGGCAGCACUGCAGCGCAACACUGGUUGCAUCGAUCGGCUUGCUCAGCUGCUCGAUGAGGGGGGUCCCGAGCUGCAGCGGCUGGCGGUGCGCAUCGUGGCAGCAGUGGCGCGCCGGGAGCCUCAGUUCUUGGCUGAACGGCCUGCCCUGGUGGCACGAAUGCGAGCUGUUUGGAUCUCGGACAGCUUCCAGACUGCGUGCGGUGCAGCUGGCCUGGCCCAGUGGCGUGAACCCAAGCUUCUUUGUCGCUGCCUGCUGGGUGUCGUGCAAAAGCGGCCGCACGAGAUUGAGCUACUCUUUCAGCUGCUGCGUGCCUUCACCGGCCGCUUCCUGCCCGACUUUGGCUUCUUGCGCGACUUUCUGGAGACCUGGGCAGCCAAGGGCCAGACGGUGGAGUGGAAGCGGGCGGCCUUCUUUCGCUUCGUUGAGGCCUUUGGGGAUUCGGCUUUUCCGCAGCCGCUGCUGGCCAAGGUGCUGCAGCAGUUGCUCAUUCCGUCCUUUGCGGCUUCCUUUGAGCGAGGCGAAGGGGAGGCCCUUAUCGGAGGACCCCCACAGCCCGAGCGAGACUCUCCAGACAACGUCAUCUCAGUUUUCAUCAACCGUGUCAUCGACCCUGAGAACCCAUUUGGCACCUCGGAUGCGGUGCGCAUCCUGCUGCUCCAGUUCUCCUGCCUCCUGGUGGAGCAGGCCUCGCCACACAUCCACGAUGCGGCCAACAAGCGACAAGGCAUCAAGCUGCGCCGCCUGAUGACCUUUGCAUGGCCUUGCCUGUUGGGCAAGAACUGCGUUGACCCGGCCACUAAGUACCAUGGCCAUCUGCUGUUGGCCCACAUUAUUGCCAAGUUUGCAAUCCACAAGCGCAUUGUGUUGCAGGUGUUCCACAGCCUGCUGAAGGCGCAUGCCGUGGAGGCCCGGUCAGUGGUGCGGCAAGCACUGGAGAUCCUGACGCCCGCCAUGCCAGCCCGCAUGGAAGAUGGCAACACCAUGCUCACCCAUUGGACGAAAAAGAUCAUCGUUGAAGAGGGCCACACCCUGGCUCAGCUCGUGCACAUGCUGCAGCUGCUGUACCGCCACUACCGUGUCUACUACCCCGUGCGCCACCACCUGGUGCAGCACAUGGUGAGCUCGGUGCAGCGCCUUGGCUUCACGCCCAAUGCCAACAUCGAGCACAAGAAGCUGGCUGUCGAUCUGGCCGAGGUGGUCAUCCGCUGGGAGAUCCAGCGCCAUCGCGAGGAGCAGCAGCAACCGCCAGCUCCUCCUCCUCUUCAAACCUCCGAGGAGAGCCGGCGCCUGCUCGACCAAAGCGGCCGAGCUCGUCAGGUGGCCCCACGGCCAGAUCGUCCCAUUGAGAAGCACCACGCUGAUGCCCUGGUCAACUUUCUCCUGCGCAUGGCAUGCCAGGUGAACGAGUCGUCGACGAACAUUGGCUCCCAAGGGGAGGUACUGUCUCGGCGAUGCGUGGCACUUCUCAAGACUGCUCUCAAGCCAGACGUGUGGCCCAAUUCGGAACUCAAGCUGGCCUGGUUCGACAAACUCCUCAUGACUGUGGAGAGUGCUCAGCCCAACUAUGGCAACAUCUGCACGGCCCUAGAGCUGUUGGCCUUCCUGCUGAGCAUCCUGCGGCCCGAGGCCAUCCUCUCGAGCUUGAAGCCUCUGCAGCGUGGAAUCGCUGCCUGCAUGACAUGCCCCAAUUCCAAGGUGAUCCGAGCUGUGCACGCUCUCCUGUCCCGGCUCAUGGGCCUGUUCCCUUCAGAGCCCACCACAUCCAGCAUGGCCUCACGACACGAGGAGCUCGAGUCGCUGUACACAUCCAUUAGCAAGGUUGUGUACGAGGGCCUGACCACUUACGAGAAGUCCCCUGCAGCACCCCCGUCCACUCUGUUUGGGUGCCUGAUGAUCCUGAAGGCAGCCUGUGUCAACCACCCAUGCUACAUCGACCGGCUCAUCACGCCCUUCAUGCACGUGUUGCAAAAGAUGGCACGAGAGCAUCUCUCCCCAGGGGGAAUUGGUGGUGGCGCGGGUGGCCAGGAGUCCAGCUCGAUGGGCACCGAGCUGCUCAUCCUCAGCCUGGAUCUGGUCAAGAAUCGUGUUGGUGUCAUGGGCCAAGAGAUGCGAAAGGCCUUCAUCGGAGCAAUCCUGGUCGGCCUCAUUGAGAAAUCACCGGACGUCAAGGUUCUUCGUGCCAUCACAAAAAUGGUGGAAGACUGGGUUAAGAGCAAGUCACCAUUUGCAGUAAACCAGUCACCAACACUGCGGGAAAAGUCGAUUCUCCUCGUGAAGAUGAUGCAGUUCAUGGAGAAGCGGUUCCCUGAUGAGCUCGAGCUGAAUGGCCAGUUCCUGGAGCUGGUGAACCACGUGUACCGAGAUGAGACCCUCAAGGGCACUGAGCUCACAUCCAAGCUAGAGCCAGCUUUUAUGGCCGGCCUUCGAUGUGUCCAGCCAACAAUUCGAGCAAAGUUUUUUGAGGUGUUCGACAGCAGCAUGCGUCGGCGCCUGCACGAACGACUGUUGUUCAUCGUGUGCUCCCAGAACUGGGAGACGAUUGGUCCUCACUUCUGGAUCAAGCAGUGCAUCGAGUUGGUCCUGGGCACGGCAGUAGUCAAUGCUCCGCUACGCAGUGCUCAGCCGGCCACACUGCUGCCUGCAGCCACAACAGGACUGCAGUCGCUCGAAGACAUUGCGACCACGUGCCCCACUGCACUCAAGGAAGAACCCACCGACACAGAGGAGGAGAUCGACAUCGAGCUCCCGUCCUCCUCUGAAGUGCUGGACGGGGGCGUUGCGGGCCGUGCACGCCAGAACCUGCAGCAGUUGGUGCAGCGACAGGGCCGCUUCCUGGAGGGACUGCGGGAGCUACGCUUGGGGGCCUUCCUGAAUGCCACGGUGCAGCUGUGCCACCUGGACACGCCACUGGCCCAGCACCUGUGGCAGCAGCUGAUGCCCCGCCUCUGGAAGGUGCUCAGUGAGCGGCAGCAGAGCGUGUUGGCUGGGGAGCUGGUGCCGUUCCUCUGCAGUGGAAGCCACGUGGUGCAAAAGGACUGCCACCCCAAUGCCAUUGGCGUUUUUGUUGAAGCCUUGGCACAAUGCAACCCACCUGUGGCCAUCAAACCAGCACUCAUCAAGUACUUGGGCCGCUCGCACAACCUGUGGCAUCGUGCCUGUCUGCUCCUGGAGCAGGCAGCCUUGAUUGGGCGCGGAGGCAGCAGUGCUUCGUGCAGCAGCGUAGUGCGAGGUGCGGCCGAGGAGGCCGGCUCUGCGGCUGAGGAUGCCCUGGCCGAGCUGUACUCCCUGCUGCGUGAGGAGGAUCUCCUGGGCGGCCUGUGGCAGCGGCGAGCACGCCACCCCGAGACCUCCUUGGCUUUGGCCCUGGAGCAGCAGGGCUGCUUUGAGCAGGCGCAGGCAGCCCUGGAAGCAGCCAUGGCACGGGCACCCCGGCACGAAGCAGCAGGCAUGCUUCAAAGCGAGUGCCGGCUCUGGGAGGAGCAUUGGUUGAGGUGCUGCAAGGAGCUGAAUCAGUGGGAGCUUGUGCUGGAGUAUGGCAGCUCCAAAAGCUGUGCCAAUCCACACCUUGUGCUGGAGAGUGCCUGGCGUGUCCCCAACUGGCCCCUCAUGAAGGAGGCCCUGUCACAGGUGGAACUGAGCUGCCCUAAGGAGCAGGCAUGGCGAGUGAACCUCUACCGCGGCUACAUUGCCAUUUGCCACCCGGAGGAGCAGCACCUGUCCCUCGUCGAGCGGGUCGUUGAGGUCAUCACGGGACAGUGCAUCCGCGAAUGGCGCCGCCUUCCCCAGAUUGUAUCACACGUGCACGUGCCUCUGUUGCAGGCGGCCCAGCAGAUCAUGGAACUGCAGGAGGCGGCACAGAUCCAUCAAGGUCUCCUGUCCGCUGGCUCCACUGUCGGGCGCCCGGCUCCAACCAGUGUUUACGACAUGCGGGCCAUCGUCAAGACGUGGCGCAACCGCCUGGCUGUGCUCACCGAUGACCUGUCCCACUGGAGUGACAUUUUCACCUGGCGCCAGCACCACUAUCAGGCUAUUGUGAGCCACUUCGACAAUGCCCCUGCAUCUCUGGUGGCCGAGGUGCCUGGAAACCAGCACCAGUCCAUGUUGGGGGUGCAUGCAUCAGCCCAGUCCAUCAUCCACUAUGGCAAGAUUGCACGAAAGCAUGGCCUCAUUAACGUCUGCCUGGACUCGCUCAGCCGGAUCCACACCAUUCCGAGUGUGCCCAUCGUGGACUGCUUCCAGAAGAUCCGGCAACAGGUCAAGUGCUACCUGCAGCUGUCACACAUCACGGGCAAGAAUGAACUGCAAGAGGGCCUCGACGUAAUAGAGUCCACCAACCUGAAGUACUUCGCGAGAGACAUGACGGCGGAGUUCUAUGCACUCAAGGGUCUUUUCCUGACUCAGAUGGGUCGCUCAGAGGAGGCCAACAAAGCGCUGAGCGCAUCUGUCCAGUUGCACGACACGCUGGUCAACGGGUGGGCCCUGUGGGGUGACUACUUUGAGGGCCUGUUUGGCCGUGACCGCUGGGACUCACGGCAGCUGCCUCUGGCUGUGUCGGCACUCACCUGCUACCUGCACGCCUGCCGCCAUCAGAGUGAACCCAAGGGUCGCAAGUACAUGGCAAAGGUGCUGUGGCUGUUGACGUACGACAAUGAGCAGAAUGUCCUGGCCGAAACCGUGGACAAGUACAAUUCAGGGGUGCCUCCGCUGCAGUGGCUGCCGUGGGUGCCCCAGCUGCUGACGUGUCUCGUGCGCCCCGAAGGGCGGCAGCUGCUCAAUCUGCUCGUCCAGGUUGGCCGGGUCUAUCCACAGGCUGUGUACUUCCCCAUUCGCACACUCUACCUCACUCUCAAGAUUGAGCAGCGUGAGAGAUAUAAAAGCAGCGAAGAGGCUCGAGCCCCACCAUCUACUCCAGCCACUUCGUCGUCUCAGCCUCAACAGCCUCCGUCCGAAGCGGCAUCUCCACAAGCUGGUGACAGUGCUCAGGCCGACACCAGUGGGCCGAUUCGUGCCACGCCAUCUAUGUGGCGCUGUUCCAAGAUCAUGCACUUGCAGCGGGACCUGCACCCCACUGUGCUCUCUUCCCUUGAAGGAAUUGUCGACCAGAUGGUGUGGUUCCGCGAAAACUGGUAUGAAGAGGUUCUGCGGCAGUUGCGCCAGGGGCUGGCCAAGUGCUAUGCAGUGGCCUUUGAGAACCGGGGAGGAGUGGCAGAUGCUACCGUGACACCGCACACCCUCAAUUUCCUCAAGAAGCUGGUGUCCACCUUUGGGGUGGGCAUUGAGAAUGUCUCCUCUGUGACCACCACCUUUUCUAGUGCCGCCUCGGAGUCGUUGGCCCGCCGUGCACAGGCCACCGCUCAGGAUCCCGUCUUUCAGAAGAUGAAGGGGCAGUUCACUACUGAUUUUGACUUUGGUGCACCAGGAGCAAUGAAGCUGCACAACCUGAUCAACAAGCUAAAGAAGUGGAUCAAGAUCCUGGAAGCCAAGACAAAGCUGUUGCCCAAGUCACUGCUAAUCGAGGAGAAGUGCCGCUUCUUGAGCAACUUCUCUCAGCAGACAGCUGAUGUGGCUCUACCUGGCGAAUUCCUGAUGCCAAAGCAUAGCCACUACUAUGUGCGUGUUGCUCGAUUCAUGCCACGGGUGGAGAUUGUCCAAAAGUACAACACAGCUGCCAGGCGGCUCUAUCUGCGCGGGCAGAACGGCAAGAUUUACCCAUACCUUGUGGUGAACGAUGCAUGCCUGAGUGACGCAAGGCGGGAGGAGCGAGUUCUGCAGCUGCUGCGCAUGCUCAACAACCUGCUGGACAAGCAGAAGGAGACAGCCCGCCGCUUCCUGCACCUGGCAGUGCCUCGUGUCGUAGCAGUCAGUCCGCAGAUGCGCCUCGUUGAGGACAACCCAGCGUCGAUAUCACUGCUGCACAUCUACAAACAGAGGUGUGGGCAGCGAGGUGUGGAGCACGAUGCCCCGGUGGGUCGCUACUAUGAGCGGCUGGCAGCUGUGCAGGCCCGAGGCUCCCAGGCCAGCCAUCAGGUGCUGCGGGACAUCCUGCGAGACGUGCAGGGCUCCAUGGUGCCCCGAACCCUCCUUCGGGACUGGGCCCUCACUACUUUCCAGGCACCCACCCACUACUGGACUUUCCGCAAGCAGUUCACUCUGCAGCUGGCCCUAGGAGGCUUCGCCGAGUUUGUGAUGCACCUGACACGGCUGAACCCUGACAUGAUAUACCUGCACCAAGACUCCGGGUUCAUGAACUUUUCGUACUUCAAGUUUGAUGUGGACGACAUUUCUGGUGACCUGGAUGCCAACCGGCCUGUGCCUUUCCGGCUGACGCCCAACCUGUCCGAGUUUAUGACUAGCAUUGGUGUAGCAGGCUCAAUGACAGCUGGCAUGAUUGCCACAGCACGCUGCGUGGCCCAGCCCAACUUCAAGCUACAAGCUCUGCUUCGUGCCAUCCUGCGGGACGAGUUCAUUGCCUGGCACAAAAAGAAGCAAGAUGACAGUCUCACACCUGGCUCAGUGCCUCAAGACAUGGAUGGCGAGCUGCUCAUCGGCAUGGUCUCCAAGGCAGUCAGUGCAGUGAUGUCCCGUCUUCAGACAUUGGCCACAUUUGAUGGUGCUGACAGUAAAGUGAGCACUCUGGUGGCGGCAGCCAACAGCCAUGACAACCUCUGUCGCAUGGACCCAGCCUGGCAUCCGUGGCUGUGAUACAAUCAUCACCACUCAUCCGAGAACCCAUUUGUAUAGAUGCCAAUGUUGUACAGUGAAUCACCAUAUUAUUCAUCACGAAGCUAUUAGUGUGUUUUGAAUGACUGCCCUGCGCAGCAUUCUGUAAGGACGCAUGAAACACCAGGAUUGUCUUUAAAGCUCAUGUGUUUUUAUGAGAUGUGCUUAGUCUCCAGGGCCUUUAUCCUUCCUAGUACUUUGCAUAGACACCAUGUAGGAUUCAUUAUUGGUGAAAACUGUCAUGGACAUUGUCAAUAUAGCCACUACUGACUUUUUGUACUGAACUGCAAGUAGCACAGUGAAGGGUAACAAAGUGAGUGGGUGGAGUUUUGUACAUUGAGUUUUAAGGUUUGCAAAAAUAAAGAAAAAAUGAAAUUCCA